CCACCUGACUUGAAUCAGACUGAGCGCAAACACCUGAGUAAAAGAGCAGCGUGCUGUCCUCUGAAGGACCAACGGAAAGAAAACUGCAGUUUGGAGUUAUUUAAUAACAAGGUCAAUCAGGAAGAUGAAGCACUUUAAGUAUAAUUUAAUGUUCACCACUGGACUGAUGAUGGGAUUUCUUUCUCUUCGUUUUCUUUUGGACGCGCACUUUUCCACACAACAAGUCACUGAUUUCAUGAGGGCUGUCAAAUACGAUUUACAGCGCGGACAUACAGCUGAGAACAACCGCUCAGCAGUUAAUGCCUCUCACACAACACGAGUCUUGUGCUGGAUCAUGACCGGACCCAAGAACUUGGAAUCCCGAACUAAACACAUCAGAGAAACAUGGGCCAAGCGCUGCAACAAAGUGCUGUACAUGAGCUCCGUUAAGACUGACUUCCCCACUGUGGAGCUGAACGUGAGCGAAGGGAGGGACAACCUGUACUGGAAGACCAUCCGAGCCUUUCAGUACAUCCACCAGCACCACCUGGACGAAGCGGACUGGUUCCUAAAAGCAGAUGACGACACAUUCGUGGUUGUAGAGAAUCUACGCUACACCCUGUCCAAAUAUGAUCCAGAAAAGCCAUUGUACUUGGGCAGAAGAUUUAAACCAUUCAUCAAGCAGGGCUACAUGAGUGGAGGAGCAGGUUAUGUCCUCAGUAAGGAAGCGCUGAGAAGAUUUGUCAAAGGGUUCGAUACGGGGAAAUGUACCCACUUCUCCACCAUUGAGGACAUGGCUCUGGGAAAAUGUAUGGAGACAAUGAAGGUGGAGCCAGCAGACUCCAGAGAUGAGUUGGGGAGACAAACAUUUCAUCCUUAUCCUCCAGACCAUUACCUGAUCAGACAGCCCCCAAGACCACGGCCAUGGUAUCUGAUUUACGACCACUAUACUCCAGUAGAGGGUCCAGGUUGCUGCUCAGAUUUUGUGGUAUCCUUUCAUUACAUAUACGCUGUCCAGCUGUAUGUUUUGGAGUACCUGACGUACCAUCUGCGGCCGUUUGGAUACAAAUACAGAUUUAAUCCUCAUGAACCAACUGAAUUUAACACCACGACUAAGUCCACAUAAAAUGUUGGGGUGUGCACCUCUGAACUAACUGGGGGAGGGGUUGAGGGUAUCAAAGAGCAAAGCUUAAUUUAUUUCACAUAAUGUAUUUAAUUGUCUCCAAUACCUCUGGACUUGAAGUCUGCUCAUGUUUAAAGAUGUGUUGAUUCCUUUCACCUGCAAGUAUUACUGCCAAAGUCAGACUGUGAAAACUGUGUUCAUGUUAGGGGAUGUGAAAGGGUGUUUUUUUCUAUUACUUGGUGUACAGAAAAAAAAUGAAGAAAUGUAGAAAUAAAAGACAAAUCCAGUUUUAAUGUGCAUGCCUUCAAUGCCUACCCUAUGUCUUUCAUGAUAGCGAAAUCUGGAGGAAACUCCAAUGACAUACAGGGAGUAACAUUUGCCAUGCUCAGAAAAGGCUAACUCACCUAAAUGGCUGACAUAAAAAAAAUUUUGAUAGAGAAAAGAUGGGAAAUUGGCAAAUGAAAAAUGUCUUUGAGCGAGAACAAAAAUUAUGCCACAGUACCUUCUUCUCCUGCAAACAAAGCAGUGGUUUCUUUUACACUGGCCCCCAAAAUGUGCUGUCUAUUGCACAUAGUAGCAUUAAUAAUGAUCUCAUCUCACUUGCACUAUUUGCAGAGUAGAAAACCAGCAGAACUUCAGCUUUGUUGCAUUAUACAAAAAGUAUUUUCUGAACAUCACAUGCUAUUGCCGUAUACAGUUCAAUAUGUUGAAAGCAUAGACUGCAAAGAUGGACGAACCAUUUCCACUGUGCAAAAAUGAAGUUAUAAUAUCCCUGAUACGUUUGCUGCCAUCUUGUCCUGGAGUGAGAUACUGUACAGUAAUGAUCUUCGGGAUAUUGACUUCCUGCUCACUUAUCUGACCAAACACAAGCCGCGCCAUUGAUUACGGACACACCGUUGGGCAAACACAUUUGUCAAUCAUGACAUCAACCCCACUUUUUAUGGCAUCAGAUAACUAGUUUAAGCCAAACUUAACAUAAAAACAGACCCCUGAACAUACAUCGGUGUGAUAACAACUACAUUAAAUGACAGAAACCAUUUCUGGGAAAAAUGUAUUCGAUGUGUACUUUGAGUUUUUAGUUUGGCCUAUGUCCCAGCUGCUAACAAAGAGAGGGUGGGAUUUAAGGCCUGUACUGCAGCCAGCUACCAGGGGACAAUCUGGAUGUGUUCACUUCACUUUUGCAGAGCUGUUACGUCGUCCAUCUUUAUAUUCAGUCUAUGGUUGAAAACAGAAUAUAAUUACACUAAAUUCAAGCAGAAGCUGCGUUGUGAUAACUUGCUGUGUCUUUUUCUGGCCAAAUGUCUGACUUCCGGUUUAACUCUCAGCUAAGUUAAAUAGGAAAAAAAAAUUCAGUCGUGCAGCUUUUCUAUACUUUUUGUUAUCGGACCACAUAGAUCGAAUCCUAAUAGUAGAAUGGGUCAUUUUGCAGGGGUUAUGACACUCAAAUGUAUUUACUGAUCUAUCUACAUUUUUUGAGCCCUAUGGCAUCACAUAAUGGACCCGGAAGAUGUAAUUCCACAUUUUUGCCACUAUGUCAAACUGGCUUCAAAGCCUGGCACUGUUCCUCUGGGCCCGAAUGUUAAUGCGUUUUAUGUGCCGCACUAUUUCCUGGCCCUUUAUUUAUCAUGUAGUCUCCUUUUUUACACUUAGGUUUUUGUAUGUGUGCUGAUUGUAGCUUUAUAUCUACAAGCCAGAUAUGACGGUGGUGUCAACUCCCAAACAUCUACAUUUUAACCAGAGACUUUUUUUGUCAUACAUUCCUGUCUUUGUACUUGUGCAGUUCUUCAGUCACUUCAGUUGCCUAUACAUUUUAUACAAGAAUUGAGACACAGCCAGAGUCUUUAGAUCAGCAGGACUGACAGCAUGUACCAGCUGUGUGUAUGUCAAAUGUCAUAUCUCUGUGUUGCACUUUUCAUUACUCAAAUGGACACUCUUUAAGAAAUUAUAUUUUAUUUAUUGAAAAAAAGGGUUUACUUUGUUGAACU